CAAGUGGAAGCAAUCAAACGUAUUGUGAUGGCACUCGGAAUAUUUCUAGCACUUUUACUGAUAAUUUUCACACUUAUUGUUUUUUGGAUUCGCAAGCGCUAUUCAAAAUUAGAGGAACUUGGAUUUUUGCAUGAAAAUCCAGAAUUUCCGUUUGGGAAUGUGAAAGGCAUCGGCAAAAAGUAUCACUUGGUUGAUAUUCUCAGACGAACAUACAAUAAAUUCAGCAAAAAAUCUCCGGCUCAUGGAUUGUAUAUGUUCUUUAGUCCGAAUAUUGUUGUCACUGAUUUGGAUGUAAUCAAAGACAUUCUUAUCAAAGACUUUGAAACUUUUCAUAACCGAGGAGUUUUUAGUUCCAAAGAGCAUGAUCCAUUGACCGCACAUUUAUUUACUCUCGAAGAUCAAGAAUGGCGAAACUUGAGACAUAAGCUGACACCAACAUUUACUAGUGGAAAAAUGAAGAUGAUGUUCCAUACUGUCCUGGAUGUGUCCAAUCACAUGCUCAAUAAGCUCAAAUCAAAUGCUGACCUUGAAAAUGUUGAAAUCAAGACAGUUCUCGCUGACUUUAUGACUGAUGUCAUUGGAAAUGUUGCAUUUGGACUAGAAAUGAAUGCAAUUGAGGAUCCUGACUCUAAAUUCCGGCAAACAACUAAAAAAGUAUUCCUUGCUCAAAACUUUUUUGCAAAAGUUCUGCUUUUAACAACCUUUAGAAAUAUAGCCAGAAAAUUAGGAUUAAAACUACUUCCAACAGAUAUUACUGAUUUUUUUAGAGGAAUUGUGAAGGAAACUGUCGAGUAUCGUCGUGAAAAUAAAGUCGAACGUAAUGAUGUGCUAAAUCUUCUCAUGAAAAUUGGAACUGAAGGUCGUGAAGGAGAAGAAGAACUUACAAUUGAUGAAAUUGCUGCUCAGUGCUUUAUAUUUUUUAUUGCCGGUCAUGAAACAUCAUCGAGUGCUACAACCUAUGCACUUUAUAAACUUGCUUUGCAUAUGGAACUGCAGGAUAAGCUUCGAAAUGAAAUCAAGUCUGUUUUAGCAAAACAUGAAAACAAGGUUACUUAUGAAGCAAUGCUGGAAAUGAAAUAUUUGGAUAUGGUUGUGAAUGAAACUCUUCGCAUGUAUCCACCAGCACCAUUAGCUGCUCGACAAGCUUCAAAGAACUAUAAAAUAUCAAAUUCUAAUCUAGAAAUCCAGAAGGGCUCUUUGGUGUUUGUUCCAAUAUUUAUAAUCCAUAACGAUUCAACUUAUUAUCCAGAACCUGAAAAAUUUGAUCCUGAGAGAUUCAGUGCAGAAAAUAAGGCAAUGAGACAUCCAAUGGCACACAUGCCGUUUGGUGAUGGACCCAGAAGUUGUAUUGGAAAUAGAUUCGGAUUGAUGCAAACGAAAAUUGCAUUGAUUCAGCUAUUGACAAAUUUCAAAGUCUCCAAAACCUCAAAGACACCAGAAACAAUUAUUUUCAACCCACGAGCACCAAUUUUGCAGCCAAUUGAAGAUGUUGUAUUAAAACUUGAACAACUUUAUUGAAAAGAAACAUUUUAAUUGGGAUUGAUUCAAAAUGAAUUUAAU